ACACAACAGUAUCCAGUGUCCAUAACAAGGGGCAGGAGAAGACCCGUGUGAUCAAUGACGAUUUGUUUUUUGAGUUGGAGGUUCGAAGGAGAGAACAAAUCAUCCGCAAUGAUAUAGACUGUAUUGGCCGCUGUUGAGAUAUGUCUGCGUGGGCGUAUGCCGUGUUGCCCUUGCGCGACGCUGUCGACAGUGUAUGAAAGGGGAUAAUUCGCCAAGCAAGCGUGGGGACUGCCUGAUAAGGAUAAACAUAUUGCGCUCGCGAUAAGACAGCGUUGGACAUCAACAGCACUCACAGAGGAUUGGUCCUCUAGCUCGCGACAUAAUCAAAGGGACCUGGCCUGUGGCAUUAUUGAUGACCCCCAAGCGGAACACGAACUGAGGCGGUGCACAGCAGGUUGAGCCAACCUUUGUUCGAAGGAAUGUGUUCAAGCCACAGUUUUCAUGCCACUGAUGCCGACCAGGGUUCGUGUGGCUGAUUUGGGUGCGUGGUGUUAGCGCUCUUAUAUGCACGACCCUCGUUUUCCUUCUCCUCCUCCUCCUCCCCACCCCCCCCCUUUUCUCCCAUCCGUCCAUAGUCUAUAGGGUAGACGAUUUUCUCAAACCUGCAGCUAAGGCCAACCUCCGCGCCGAGGGAUAUGCUAAAUUGAGUCAUAUCCUGGUUUCUCACCACCCAUCUUGCCAUUCCUUUCUGCCUGAUUGGACAAUGUGAACUGUCUGUCCAUAUGACAGAUGCAUGCCGACAAGCGGGAGUCUGGCAACGCUGAGAAAUGUGUCAUGUUCACCCUCUACUUCAUACAUCUGAUUUUGUCUAAUAAAGAAUUUAACCUUACUGUUGACAGUGAAGACGUGUUGCCAGCAGAUGGCUGUUAGACACACAACGAGCGGGGAGGGGGGGUUUAGACGAGCUCAUAAUAGCGAUGACAUCUGAUGAUUUUCUUUUUUUAUUGACGUCGGCAUUCACAGCCGCUACUCUUCGGAAAACCAAACCGUCUGUCUCGUCAUCAUUAUCUUCUCCCCUACCCCCGCGUCCCGACUAAGGAAGCGGCAGCAUAAGCCGCCCUGGAAGCCCCUCCUCGCUAUAGGCACGACCACUAGCUAUAGGGAAGAGUCGAGACAAUUCAGCCACAGGAGUUCAAAACUUCCUUUCAUCUAGAUCAUGGCGGACGCUGUUCUGGGUGCGGGCAGUGCUGCCUAUGUAAUUUUACAUCGUGGAUUCAGUGUAUAUUACGAUACGCAUCGAUUUUGCUGCCCGUAUCGCCGGUUAGUUACAGUAUACCAUCAAAGCUGGUAUUCGCUCGUUUUCUCCCCAAGGCAGGCCCACACAACCCCGGUCAACUUAGUGUUACCCUUAGCUCCCUCCCGGUCGAUGACCCUGUGCUCGUUACCGCUAGAAUUAGCGGCAUCUAUUCCCGGUCUGGCGCUGGUCAGUGCUUUGGCGCAGAAAAGUUAUAUAUCUAGAUCGGCAUCCUCUUCCUCCCCUCCCCCCUCUCCAAUCAUACACACCAAUCCAGAGCAUCUCUCCCAAACAACAUAUAAGACUCCUAUUCCCCCGUUUGAUCUCUCUUCCUUUUUCCUCCUCAACUCCGUUCUCGUCUUGUUUAUCUUCUAUAUUGUAGCAUACUAUCCUUUGCCAGUGUGCUUGUCAUAGUGUCUUCUCCUCGGUACCCUCUUCCCACCUACCAUAACCCCACUCGCUAUAUUGGGGCCCAUAUUCUCAGUCCGCUUACACCACCGCACAACUACUUCCCUCGUCAUCGACGUUACACUAUGCCUUCUCUCGUUCGUGAGAUUGGCGCUGAGCGCCCGGUCCUGUCUCGCGCGCCCCGAGAUGACGAAAAAUAUGUGAUGGAGCGAUUCUCACAACAUGCUCUUCGCUGCCCCGCUUGCAGUCGCCCGUACGAGACUUUCUGCAGUGGGAGACCCCUCUGCAGCCGUGGGAAUCUUUAUGCGACUAGUCUAUUGCAAUACGUGUACCAAAAAUGCGGAAAACCAUACUCCUUGGUUGACCGUGAAUACGGCCGUUAUAUCCAGGUUCAGAUCCCCAGUGAUUGCCAAGUGGUGCACGACUUGCUCAACGCGCUCGAUAAGGGCCUUAUUAUACCUACUCGUAGACAGACCGCACCGGUCGUCGUUCACAACCCCAAGCCAGUUGCCGAACCCGUUCAAGAGCAACCGCGCGUAGUUCACCGACGAACCAUACCUACCACUGUUACCCCCCACAGCAGCCUGAACCUCUCUCGCAAUGGCUUAUACGUCUAUCGCCGUGGGACGCUCUACAGUCUUGACCUCAGUCGACAGACCUCACCGGCCUCCUCCCAGAGGGUUCGCAUCCCAAACACCUACCUGCGUUGAAGAACAAUAACGCCAUACGAAUGCAGAUUUACUCAUAUCGAAUAACCCCACUGCCCACGUACAUACGUUAAACCUGAAUUUCAGCCCAUGGCAACUGAAUAUAUAUUCCCACAGACCUUGCGACAACCACCGCCCCCCGCCUUCGGGGCCCCGACUGAAUCACGCGACAAACACAGGGAACAUGCACUAGUACAUCGCAAUUCACAACAUCAUGGCGGCAAAGCCACAGGAUAGGUCGGGACAAGGACUGUGAUGAAGCAUGCAAUUAUUCCAGCGAAUCCCCCAGCACUAAACACUUGCACAAGCCCCAACAACCCCGGAAUAGGCAUAUCGGUACUAAUGGAUUGGUGAGUCGGAGGAACGAGGAAAGCAUCGAAAUGGAAGAGAUGGAGCGGAUGGAAGACAAUACUUGGUGCUCUCACUGAGGUCUUACAAUGGUACUGUCACGACAGCCCAAGAGCCCCCAGCGAUAGAGCUCUUUUUUGUACUUUUUUGAUUGUUUGAUUCUUGUUUUAUUUUCUUUUCCAUCCUUGACUUCUAUUCAUGCAUUGUUAACACCACUUUUUUUGACGUCCCCAUUUAUGUUUGAAUCGCCUGAGCUAGUUUCAUCCCUUAGGAGAAAAGUAUGAGCAAAAUGGGAGAAAAGGAAAAUAUAAAAAAUUAGAUAGUUAAGCCAAUCAAGGAACUUUUCCGCGUCACAAAGCCUUUAACCACCUAAAAAGUCUCAUUCCUUGACUUCAAACCACACCGCCAAACAGGCAUCUGUAUUAUUUUGUAACUUAUUUUUUUUAAAAUCCCUGAGGCCCCCAAGAAAGAGCAGAAACCAACUUC